AUGGCCGACCCUUCUCUUGCCUAUCGCCCGGAAAUGGACGACACGCCCUCGCAUGUCGAAAUAAAUGCUGCUGAAUCACCUAACACCCAUAAAGAUGCUGCUAUGAGCGAGAAACCAGAAUUUACAGAAGAUGUUGGAGAUGCCAUCAGACGAGGUCAAUAUGCACAAAUCGACGCAGCCAUUGCGAGCAAGAUUGCAGCGAGGGUGGAGGAUUUCAUGACUCUAGUUGCGGAAGCAGAUGCGGCAAAUGAGCGCGAACGCGGCAUGACCCUUAAAACUGCCUUCAGUGUUUAUCCUAAAGCUAUCGGCUGGUCCAUUGUUUUAUCAUCUUGCCUGAUUAUGGAAGGCUACGACACUUCAGUCAUCGGAUCAUAUGCCGCAUAUCCUGCUUUUCUAGACCAAUUCGGUAUCCCUGCUCCUGGUGGCACAAAACAGAUUCCACCAGACUGGCAGAACGGAAUCAACGGAGCUCGAAAUGUCGGUGAGAUCCUCGGUCUUCAGGUAGCUGGUGUACUGUCUGACCGCUUCGGAUACCGCUGGACGAUCAUUGCCGCGCUUGUUUCCAUUACGGGCUUUAUUUUCAUUCCUUUCUAUGCUGAAACCCUUCCGAUAUUUCUGGUUGGAAAUGUAUUCCAAGGGAUAUCUUGGGGAGUAUUCCAAACAAUGACCACGGCUUAUGCAGCAGAAGUUUGUCCAGUGCCGCUUCGGCACUACCUCACCUGCUUUGUCAAUUUAUGUUGGAUUAUCGGACAGUUCAUCAAGGCUGGUGUGCUAGUUGCUUUUUUGCCACGGAAGGAUACAUGGGGGUAUAAGAUCCCUUUCGCUUUGCAGUGGAUCUGGCCGAUUCCCAUCGGUAUUGGUACUUAUCUUGCUCCCGAAUCUCCCUGGUGGUGUAUACGUGCCGGUAGGAAGGAUCAGGCCGAGAAGUCUUUGAAGCGGCUGGCAAGAAGCUCAGGGUUCUCACAGAGGGAUGCAGAUGCGGCAAUGGCUUUAAUGCUGUACACUGACGAAAUGGAGAAGGAAGUGCAAUCCGGCACGAAAUACUGGGACUGCUUCAAAGGCAUCAAUUUACGUCGAACCGAGAUUGUUUGUAUGACUUGGGUUGCACAAACCAUGUCUGGCACGGCGCUUGGUGGUCUAUCUGCCUACUUUUAUGAGCAAGCUGGAAUCUCGGCCUCAGAUUCCUUCAAGUUGAGCUGGGGGCAGUCAGCCAUCGGUGCUUGUGGGACCAUUGCAAGUUGGUUUGUGCUCAACAAAAUCGGUCGGAAGACACUGAUGUUCAGCGGGAUGUGCGUUAUGUUCGUGCUGCUCAUUAUAACCGGUUGCAUGGGCAUCCCACCAAAACCCUCAAGCGCCGAAUCUUGGGCCGCCGGAACGAUGGUCUUACUCCUUUCCGCCACCGCAGACUUCUCAAUCGGUCCCGUGGUUUACACCAUCGUGUCCGAAAUCCCGUCCACACGUCUCCGCGCCAAAUCCAUCAUCCUCGCACGAAACGUCUACAACGCAAUUAACAUCGCCUUCGUCAACAUCGUCUCUUUCCGACAACUUAGUCCCUUGGCGUGGAAUUGGGGUCCUAAAGCAGCAUUCUUUUGGGCCGGAUGUAACGCGCUGUUUACUGCCUACAUAUACUUCAGGCUACCGGAGACUAAGGGUCGCACGUAUGCGGAGUUAGAUAUCUUAUUCGAGAAUAGUGUGCCUGCGCGUCAGUUUGCGAACACGAAGAUUGAGACGCUGGUUGAGGGGACAGAAGGAGCGCAGAAGGAGCAAGCGGAUCGCAUUGCGGAUAGGCAGGACGGCCACGGUGGGGCUUAUCUUAGGGAAGGGAAUUGUGGUGUUUAG